CUGCCCGUAGCGCCGCUUGCUGGACGCUUUUAUAGACGCAGUCGAAAUAAGUCCUCAGGGCUCAAAGCAGGCUGAGAACAGCAGAACGUGAAGAUAAGAGCCGGCUUAAGCGCUGCGUUCCUCACCUCGACGCCUUGCCUGCCUCACUGCCCGAGAGAUGUGCCUUCUAUAAUUGCAACAGCAACGGACUUUUCGUAUGAGCCAUGAGCAUGUAUGCCGGAGAUGUACAGAUUCUACAAACAUUGACGACUCAUACCAGUGACGUCAAUGCGGUGGAUUUUGCUGGUGAAAGUAUUCUAGUCACUGGAUCUGGUGACAAACGAGUGAGGGUUUGGGAGUGGCAGCCUGGAGCAGGCUUCACCGAGGCCUCAUUCUCACCACUUCUGGGACACAAGUAUGGCGUUACCUCAGUCAAAGUUAGCCCACAGUUGACGAUGCUCGCUUCGGCCAGUAUCGAUGGUACCACACAGUUGUGGAAUCUCAGGUCUGGCACAAAAAUACACACAAUGGUUCAAGCCGGAGGUGAGGCCGUGAGAAUUUGCAGGUUUUCACCGGAUUCUUCGCUCUUAGUUACCGCGGGCGAUAAUGGACAAGUAUGUCUUUGGGACCUCGUUAGACGAACCUUGAUAAGAUGUUUCCAAAAGCAUGAGGGCGCUAUACAGAGUUUGAGCUUUACACCAGACUCCAACUGGCUCCUGACCAGCUGCACCCUCGGUGUACUCCAGCUUUUCUGCUGCAAUGAAAUCAUUGAAUCCUGUCCUUCGAGAGAGCAGGAUCUGACAGUUUUCGCUCAGGUUGAUGAUGCCCACGACCUCGGGGUCGUUUGCUGUGACUUUUCCUCCACACAAGAGAUCACUAGUAACGAGCCAUUUGCCAGGCUGUACCAACUAGUUACUUGCGGCAACGACAGUCGUGUCAAGCUCUGGGAGGUCAAAGUCACGCAGGACAAGUGUGACACUCAGCCGAUAACUGCAAGCAUCGAACUUUGCAGGAUAAUGGAGAAACACAGCAGUGCCUUAACUUGCGUUCGAUUCAGCUCUAACGGACUAUACACUGCCAGUAGUGGUCUCGACAAAACCGUCGUUCUUUGGGAAACGAACACUGGAAGAGUUAUUGCCGUUCUUACGGGGCAUAAUCGAUACGUAGCUUGCUGUGCCUUUUCGAAAAAUGGGAAUUUACUGGCAACGGGUUCAAAUGAUAAACGUGUCAUUGUUUGGGACCUCACUGGAAACUUAAGUUUGGACUCUGAGCUUGUGCGACACAGUAGCGUGAAGCUGCAGAACAACGAAAAACCAGAAAAGACGCUUAUUCAAGAAACUGAGGUGGUGAAACAUGCAGAGACAAGUGGUAACGAUGUCAAACUUAUUCAAAGAUUGGAUGAUCAUAACGGAGCCGUCAACUCUGUCGCUAUGUUUGGCAAUCGUUUGAUCGCAUCCGGCUCCGGGGACAAGCUCGUGCGAGUGUGGUGCGUCAAGUACGACGAGGACGGCGAAUCAACAUCCAUUUUCCAGGAAAUGAACUACAAUCCCCUUGAUGGCCACAAGUAUAGCGUCAACUAUGUCGAGUUUAGUCCCUGCGGAACAAAGCUUGCCUCUUGUUCAAUGGACGGCACGACUGUUAUCUGGGAUGUUGAGAACGGCAGUCAAGCACGAACUUCUUUCGUAAAUUCUGGAACAGCAGUGAGAGUCUGCCGGUGGUCGCCCGAUGGAACAAAAAUAGCUACAGCCGGUGAUGACGAGAAGACCAUACUCUGGGACCUAGAAACGAUGGCGGAACUAAGCGAUUCUUACAGCGUGUAUGAAGGCCACGCGGAUGCGAUAACCGCCAUCGCCUUUAGCCCGGACUCGCGUUAUCUGGUCACCGCCUGCAGCGAAGGUGCCUGGAGGCUCUUCGAUACGAGAAAUACAGAAAGCAGUGAAGCUCUCCUCGUAUGCGAUGUGGGCCACGACUUAGGGGUGCAGGGCUGCGAUUUUAGCCCGACUACCGGACCUUUUACCAUGACAGGUUCGCGGGAUGCAAGCUCGGGAUGCGCCAAGGAGUGUUACAUGCUGGCGACCUGUGGAAACGACUCGCUCAUCAAGCUUUGGAAAAUCAUUAUUAUGGAAGAAGACUUGGAUCUGGAGGAGAGCACCGGCAGUAGUGAUGCUGGAAUAUCGUAUAGGGAAAGGCGACAGUUUGCUGGCCACGGUGGCAACGUUAUGUGCGUUAAAUUCUCACCGGUGCACGGUGAGAUCCUUGGCAGUGUUGCAACAGACAGAACAGCUCGACUCUGGAGCGUCCAUACUGGGAUGUGUUUGCAUGUUCUUGAAAGUCACGAGAGCCUCGUUACCACCUGUGCCUUUUCAGAAGAUACAUCACUCUUUUUGACAGGUGCCUUAGAUAAGACUGUCUUAAUUUGGAAAUUACCAGACCAGUUAGUAUCUCAGAGUAUUCUUAUCGAUCGCCUUAGAAAUAAUAAGAAAAAGAUUGUUGAUUGGGCUGUAGACGACGUUUCCAAAUGGUUAGUUGAAGUUGAACUGGGUGAUUUAGUAAGGAGCGUUCAAGCUCUUUCUAUAAGCGGACGAAUGUUGCUGCGUAUUCCAGAUGAAGUGAUAAUAGCAAAACUACAGUUUAAUCACGACCACGAGGCUCUGGAAAUGCUCCGAAAACAGUUAUAUUGGCUUAAGCGGGAAGAUUGCAACGCUCAGAUCAUUGCUGAAGACACAGAAAUCCCAGAUGAUUUUCUUUGCCCAAUCACGCACGAAAUAAUGAGAGAACCAGUACAGUGCUCAGAUGGGUUCACUUAUGAGAGAGCAGCAAUAAAUGAAUGGUUCCUGUGCGGUAAAUUCACAAGCCCAAUGACAAAUGAACCAUUGAAGACGACGAGCCUCACACCAAACGUCGCCCUUCGAAACGCAAUAUUUACACUUUUACACGGCGAAGGGCCUAGUGCAUAAUGGAAACAAUCAAAUCUAACAGCAAAAAAGGAUGAAAUGUAUAAGUUUAUAACAAUUGUCAUACAGUGGAUUUCUGUGUUAGAGCACCACCGUUACGCAUGCGAUCGACCAAGUAGGAUUUCUAUCAGUCUUGGUUUGCUGAAUUGUAAAGUUUUCACAAUACUAAAAUUUAAAAAAAUAUCUUUUUUAUUUAUAUUCCGUUAAAAUAUUCGUAAAAGAAACUAACCUACUAACCUUUUCUAAUAUGUAUAAUAGUACUUUAUCAAUACAAGUGUAGUAACAAA